AUGGAACAAGUACGCGCUUGCGAACAGUCAGGACUCGAAGAACCUGUGAAUGAUGGUUACAGUUGGAGAAAAUAUGGACACAAAGACAUUUAUGGAGCCAAACAUCCAAGAGGUUAUUACAGAUGUACUCAUAAAAAUUCUCAAGGAUGUCUAGCUACCAGGCAAGUUCAACGUACCGAUACAGACACAUCAAUCUUUAGUGUCAUGUACCUAGGAAGACAUACAUGUGUUCAAGCUUCUCGUCUACAACCAGGGCAACCCCAAAAAAAGGUUGAACAACACGAUAAAAAACGAAAGAGAAAAUCACAAGAAACACUUAUCAAUUUUCAAACAGGUGGUCAUGCUAAUACGAAUGAUUAUGAUACGACACAAGUAGUCCUAAGAUCACCUUCAUUCUCAUUUCCUUCAGCUCCAGUACCCAUUCCAUGUCAACAGAAAGAAAGUAACAGCAACAUUUGCUCUUCACAUCUGACACCUGAUAAUCACUUCAUGAGUAGUUCUCUUUCGUCUCCUUCAACUUCAGGAUCCAAUUCCAUUUUUUCUCCGUAUAGAGUGAACAAUAUCGAAAGUGGACAUGAUUUACAAACUUCAGACUACGAUCUAUGUGAAUUCGAGUCAGCAUUACCUUUGGCAUUGGAUUCUUCGGAUCUGUAUUUGGAUUGGGACUGGGAUUCUUUUGAUGGCUUUUGCUUCUGA